AUGGGCGUCCACAACCACUCCAAGAAGUCCAAGGCUCGCCUGCAAGCUGGCCGCCCACCAACGGCCAAGCUCACGAAGAAAAAGUCCUCCAAGGCCACUCAAAAGAUCAUCGUUGCCUUCCACCAACUCAACAAAGACCUCGCAACUGCCAGAUCCAAUAGCGAUUCGGCAACUAUUGCCUCCAUCGAAAACAAAAUGAAAGCUUUAGGUGGGCUGAAAGCCUACCAGGCAGCAUCCAUCCAAGGACAAUCUGCAGACCGAGGCGGCGAUUCCUCCCUCGUUCUGAUGAAGUGGCUCGCACCACUCAAGCUCGAGCUCAGCGCUCUCGACCAGAAAUUCAAGAUGCUCGAAGUCGGGGCUCUGAGCACGAAGAACGCAUGUUCCAAAUCCGGGCUUUUCGAUGUCACUCAUAUCGAUUUGAACUCUCAGGCGAAGGGGAUAUUGAAACAGGAUUUCAUGGAAAGGGCACUACCUGCACUGGAAGCUGAUGAUGACAAGUUCGACAUGAUUUCCCUGAGCCUGGUAUUGAACUUUGUGCCUUCGUCUGCUGGAAGAGGUGAAAUGCUCAGGAGGACUACAAAGUUUCUGAGACAACCGAGACGAUCCCGGACAUCUGACGCCUACCUCACAGACUAUAGAGCGACGCUCUUUCUCGUCCUGCCAGCUUCCUGUGUGCUCAACAGCCGCUACUUCAACGACGAACGCCUGACACUCAUCAUGGAUUCGCUGGGCUACUGUCUCUUGCAACGUAAAGAAACGAGAAAGUUGGUCUACUAUCUCUGGCAGUGGAGAGAUGAGCCUGCACCUAUGGAGGAGCAGAAGUUUGCCAAGAUCAAGGUUCGAGAGGGUGGCGGGAUGAACAACUUCUGGGUGGAGCUGAAGCCGGAUGAGUAG